GAGGACUUGAGUCGUCGUCAUCAAAGAGGUCCUUUUCGUCUCUCUCAUUCUUGUUCGCAACGAAACAAAUUUUGCUGAAAAAGAAAAAAAGAAAAUCGCCAUGGAAGACGUUAACCAGUUGUUCGAUGCUGCUUUCGAGUUCGCACACUAUCCCGGCGUUCAAAACGAAGCCUCGGUUAAGGAGUUCCUCGAUCGCUUCCCUCUUCCCGUUAUUUUCAAGGCUUUACAAACUGAUCCGGACAUCCCAGGUUUUGAGAACACGCUUGUGACUUGCUUGGAGAGGCUGUUUAAGACUAAGUAUGGCGCCUCACUCAUUCCUCAGUAUAUGCCCGUUCUGCAAGUUGGUCUCAAGGCGAAUUCUGCAGUAGUGAAAUCUCUGGCUUGCAAAACUGUCCUUUGCCUCUUGGAGAAUUGCGAUACAAACGAUGUUUCCCCUGUUCAGCUAGUUGUUAGCAAUGGCAUAUACCCUCUUCUUCUUGAUUAUAUCAUUAACAGCGAUGAUGAAGUGGCACAUGCUGCAAGUGAGACAAUUAAGAGCCUUGCACGUUUUCCCGAUGCAAUGUCCGUGAUCUUCCCUUCUGACACCAACGAUGCUACAAAUCUUCGCAACCUUGCUGCAAGGUGUUCGUCACUGGCACGAGUCCGGGUUUUGUCUUUGGUAGUGAAGCUUUUCUCGAUUUCUCGAGUUGUAGCUUCAGAAAUUAAGAACUCGGGGCUUCUUGAUUUACUGGAGGCAGAAAUGAAGGGUACAAAAGACACUCUUGUGAUCUUAAAUGUUCUGGAACUCUACUAUGAGUUAGUGGAAGUGGAGCACAGUUCAGAGUUCGUGCCACAAAAUUCACUUAUUCAGCUGUUGUGUUCUAUCAUCAGUGGUACAUCGAUGGGACCAUAUGAAAAGCUAAGAGCAAUAAUGAUAAGUGGCAGGCUCCUCUCGAAGGAAAAUAUCUACAAUGUCGUGGAAGAAGCUAGUGUGAAGACGUUAAUUUCAGCUAUUGUUGGGAGUCUGGAGUCAGUGGAGAUAAAUGAUACUGAUGCACAGGAAGUUGCGAUUGAUGCACUUGGUCAGAUUGGAUCAACAACGAAAGGGGCGACUCUUCUCCUUUCAACUUCACCUCCAGCUGCAAGACACGUUGUAGCUUCUGCGUUUGAUCGUAAUGCACACGGAAAACAGUUGGCUGCACUGCACGCACUGGCAAACAUCGCAGGUGAAACACGACCUAAGAGCAACAGAAUAGUUGAUGGAAAAGCUGAAGAAAGCCUUCGAUGUUUAAUAUACGAUGUUGCAGCAGAGAGCACAAAACUAACCCCAUCCGGUUUAUUCCUUUCAGUUCUUCAACAAAGCUCAGAGAUUCGUCUUGCGGGUUAUAGAACGUUAACAGCAUUGGUGUCUCGGCCAUGGUGCCUGGUGGAAAUAUUGUCCAAAGAAGAGAUACUAAACAUAGUUACAGAUGCAACCACUGAAAGUGAGAAAAUAGCAAUGGAAGCAAGGUAUAACUGCUGCAAAUCAAUUCACGAAGCGUUCUUGUGUAGUACCUUUGUUGAUGACCCUCGUCGUCUAAAAACUGGUGAAAAGCUGCAAGAAGCUGUUCGAAGUGGACCGUAUAUGUCGAAGAAGUACAGAGACGCACGACCAGAAGUAAAGACAGGCGAAGGAUUUUGAAGACAUAAUUAGAGAAAAACUUGUUCGUUGACCAAAGUUUUUUUUUUUUUUGUAAUCUUCUCUAGUGUUCGGAUAAGUAAACUUUAGUUCCUUGGAAACAGUACAAAGUUUCGAAACGAGAUUUGUGUUCUUUAUAUUUCUUUAGUGUUGAACGUUGGUUAAUCAAAGGAAAAACAGAUAAAAAAAGAUA